AUGGCUCAGCCAGGCGUGCAAUCGUUGAAGUGUGUUGUGACUGGUGAUGGUGCAGUUGGCAAGACUUGUCUGCUCAUCUCAUACACCACGAAUGCCUUCCCCGGCGAAUACAUCCCCACCGUCUUCGAUAACUACUCGGCGAGUGUGAUGGUGGAUGGCAAGCCCAUUAGCCUGGGUCUCUGGGAUACCGCUGGUCAGGAGGAUUACGACCGACUGCGACCUCUGUCCUACCCCCAGACCGACGUUUUCCUCAUCUGCUUCUCCAUCGUCAGCCCCCCCUCUUUUGACAACGUCAAGGCCAAGUGGCACCCUGAGAUCGACCAUCAUGCGCCCAAUAUCCCCAUCAUCCUGGUCGGAACCAAGCUCGAUCUUCGAGAAGACGCCGCUACACUCGAGUCCCUCCGCCAAAAGCGUAUGGAGCCCGUGUCGUACGAACAGGCGCUGGCUUGCGCCAAGGAAAUCAAGGCAUACAAGUACCUUGAGUGCUCCGCUCUGACUCAAAGGAACCUUAAGAGCGUUUUCGACGAGGCUAUUCGGGCUGUCCUUAACCCUCGGACUCAGACUAGCAAGGCCCCCAAAAAUAAGAAGUGCUCGAUCCUGUAG